GCCUUUUGUUCGAAUCUGUAAUGGAAUGAUUACAAAAGUCUGUAAUGUUCUGGGGGAAGACGUCCCGCUAAUAAUAAGAAAUUACAACGGAUAAAUCUUUUUCUAGAGAUGAAGUAAACUUUACGUUGGCAUCGAUCAAAGCGACGGAGGAUUGCGCUAUCUGACGGAUUGUUAGAAAUUGGGUCAACAUGGAAUACUUAAUUAACUGCCGUUUUACAAUACUUUGAGACUUCCUGAUCUGUUUGUGCGGUCUUUGAUGUAGAACAGAAACUUUUUGUUGGAAAUGGAAAGAGUACUGAACAUUCGCAGACCACCGGAACAGAGCCAAAAUGGAUUAUCGAGAGCUUCAAAAAUAUUUCUCGGCUGUGACAUUUUCCAAGGUAAAGUUUGUAUUUCACAAUCUGACGUUCGAUCGAGUUGAUCAAAUUUUCAGCUUACAUGGAUGGCUGAAGAUCAAAACAUCCCCAUGGUCCAUUUACUACGCUACUGUAUUUUUAUUUUUGGGAUCUUAUUUAAGUCUGUCGCCAACUAAGCAAAUUUGCUACGAGUACACGCUUGCGAUGUAUCACAGCGCAAGGAUCUUUACUUCAGUAAACAGAGUCUGAUGUGACCCUAAGAUGUUGCUGCGUGUUUAACCUCAUGGGGCUAAUUUAAACUGGAUUGACUGUGAAAACCUGAUUACGCCUGAUAAAAAUUUUCCCCUAAGCACUUGAAAAAUGUCCACUUCCUCUGGUGUCGCAUCGAAAGCUCUAAUGAUACAAACGAUUAUGAUUUUAACUAAGAUCCUUAAAGCAAACAAAAGGGUAUCCUUGAAGAAUCAAUGGAAACCGCUUGAACGCUUACACCGGAGGUUAUUUAUAAGAAGUUUCUUAAAGAGGUACGAAAAAUUUAUUAGCCAUUGAACUUUGAGCUUGGUUGAAAAAAGAGAAUACGAAGCAUCGUGUCGCACGUAGCCUAUGGAUAUUUGUGUCGGGAAUUACGAAUUACGAUUAAUGGUUAACUUUAGGAACCUGUUACAUCGAUGAACUAUCGAGUUGGAGUUUAGCUAUAUUUCAAUUUCUUGUUUUGUAAGUUAUUGAUGCUAGAGAAAAAUACCCGAUUGUUCUUUGUCUUUUUUUUCAAUUUUUAUUCACAAGAAUUGUUCUUCAGGUUUUGCUUCAACGCAUUCAGUUGAUUAACUGUAACCUGAACAAUAUUUGUUUCUGGGCAGCCGCCAAUUUAUCCUCAGUGGCCGUGAUUAGUUGUAUAGUUCAAUUGUGAAAUUGUGUAAGGUCAAGUUUGACAAUUUUUCAGUUUCUUCUAAAUUGCCAUGACAAGAGCUAAUUCCAGGCAAAAUAUCGAAUAAAAUCAUAUGACAAUAAAGAGGGCAGGUGAUGUUUACAUUAUUUCCAUAGAGCUGAAAUUAAUAUUUUUAAUGACUUAGUUGGGUGGUUAAUUAAACACACUGAUCAUAGGGGCAGAUCUACUUUGAAAAAAAAAAAAACUCGAUUACGGUGAUGUUUCUUGAUGACUUAAUUUUUAGGUCAGAGCAAUUUCAGUUUCAUGUUAUGAUUAAGUCAACCAUUAGGUUGCCAACAGUUUCACUUGCUUUGUUAUUGCAUCUGUGUCCUAAUUUAAAUUUUUUUUGGUGCUAGUCAAGAGGCAGGUGUAUUUUAGACUUGAAUGAAAAGUGUUAAUAUUUUUCCAAGCUCGUUUAGUAAGCUAAAUUUUAUUGACUUUGGACAAAAUUCCCAAAUUAAAAGGUAAAUUGCAUGCUGAGAACCAAGUUUAAAAUUUGUUUUGGCAAAUUACGUGAAAUUAUAUGAAAAUUCUGUGAAAAAAGAGAGCUAUUUUUUUUUCAUUGCCUGUGAUUAAGAAAAAAGGAAGAUCUUUCAUGCAAUUUUGAUAUUAAGAAGCUGUAAUCAGGAGAUGUUAUUUUUGAAUAUAAUUUAUUAUGUUUGGCACAAACUCGUAAUAAUAAGUAUUUCAUGACAAGUUAGCCAACCUUUUAGCUUUCAACAGUCUAUGAAAUAAUGAAGGCUGGAAAGAUUUCCCAAAAAAUCUUGAAUCACCACUUUAUUGUUAGAGUACAGUGACAAUUAUCAAACUAUUUUCAAUACUAUUCACAAUUAUUUUGUGGAUUUCUGCAAUUUGUAAUUAAAUUUUGUGUCAAAAUAUGUCCUGAGGUUUGUUUUUGGUACUGAAUUAAUUAAACAUGUUUGGGAAUUAAUCUUCGGAGUUUUACUUGACAAGAAUUGGCAGCUCUGACUAGAGAAGGAAGUUAUUUUGGAAGAGAUGUACGAGGUCAACCACUUUGGGGGAGGGGUGGGUAAAAGAAGAGAAAACCCUGAUCAGCCACAUGCUAAUUAUCUCUUAGGACAAAAAUGUCUAUAUUGCAAAAUAUAUUUACUAUUUUACAGAGUCAGUCACUGGUAUUUCAGUUUUUUUGUCAUAAUAUUUAAGAGCAUAUAUAUCUUGUGAUAAAUUCAUACUUAUCUAUUUCAAUUUAUCAUUCUCAUUUUUUUUUUUUUUGCACUGUUUGUAGUCAUUGCUGUUGUGGUAUUUCAAGGUUUGAUGAUAGCUCUUGGAGACUUCAGUGCAUAUAAUAAUACUGAGGUGUGUACAAAUAAGUGUAGAUCAGCAUUCAGUUGAAAGGAUGGAUGGAAUUAAACAAAGGGAAUUUUGAAAUGAUAUCAAACUCUCCUUAGUCCAAGUUAAUGAACUAGAGGUCAGGGGCCCAUUUCUCAAAAGUCCCAGUAACUUAACCCUUUAACUCGCAUGAUUGACCAAGACAGAACUUCUCCUUACUAUAUCUUACAAUAUCAAGCAGACAAGUGAUGAGAAUAAAGAAAAAUAUCAAUUAUGGGAUUACUAAUUGAUCCAAUACCAAAUUCUCCAAACUAACAUAAUGAGAAUCAUUUGACAGACAGUAAGGAGAAUUACUAAUGAGAUCUUGGGAGUUAAAGGGUUAACAGGAACAAAACCAUAUUUUAAAAUCAAAAUUGGAACAAAAGAGAAGCAGUUUGUGGCUUCUCAACCUGUCCAUUUUGUUUCUUUAGCUGAUAGUUUUUUGUAUUGUUUUCAAAACCCCCAUCUGAAAUGAAAAUUAGAACAGUUUCAUGGGCCUGUUAAGUUACCAGUACUUUCAAGAAAAGGGCCUAGGUCCCAGUUGUUUGAAGUGUGGAUAAUGCCAUCCACCAGAUAAAUCUUUUAAUCCUCUGGAUACCAGAGUAGGUUUUGUGAACACCUAUCUGAUGGAUAAUGUUUUAUCCAUUGAAUAAUGUUAUUCUCCCUUUGAACCCCAGGGCCUUGAAACAUUGUGUAAGCAGAUAACUCUGAUUUAUCUUGCAUGAAACUGAAGAAAAUCUAACUGUUCUUUGUUUCUGUGUUACAGCACCCUGGAAUGGGACCUGGGAGAAGGAUUUAUAUGGCCAUAUACAUGGGUGCAGUUGUGUACACAUGUUUUUUGUGUUUAUUUGCAGUAAGUCAUUGGAGGAUUUUCUGUUAUGUGUUUGGUUACCUUUGAGAAAAAGUAGUCAGUUGUUACUUAACAGAAUGUUCAAUAAUUUCCUUUCUUUGACAGGUCAAAAGACAGAACUUUAUGGAAAUUAUAGCAUUUGACUUGCAGAACUUUGCCUUCGUUACUUAUAGCUUCAUUCAGUGUAAGUUGUGGGCCUUUUCCUUUUUUCCUUUUGUAUGGCUGAACCCUUUUACUUCUUGAAGUGAUAAACAUGUAACUUCUCCCUACAACAACCAUACAUUAUCCUACUAACAGGUGAUGAGAAUACUCAAUCUCAUCAGGCAGAAGUUAACUUGAUCUAGCACCAAAUUCUUGUAACUUAUUUACAAGAAAAUGUGUAGCAGCUACAGGGGAGAAUUAACAAUCAGAUGUUGGCAGUUGAAGGGUUUAAGGAAAUAAUUAAAUUUUUUAAAAGGCAAGAUAUGAAAAAGAUUCUGCUUUAACAACCCUAGCAUUCAUUUUAUUUAUUGUCAUCGUAAGUUGUUUUUUAACAAUAAUAUUCUGCUUUUCAAUCAUUUUAUUCGAGUUUUGCACUCAAUCAAACAAAUCCUCAGAUUUCUCAUUCCCUAUCUCAAAAACAAAACUUUUUUUCUAAAAGACAAAAUCUGAUAGCUAUUUUAUUUUUGUUUUUUUUGUUUUUUUCAGUAUAUCAUGUUAGAUUCAAGAAAUACAAUGGAUUAAGAACAAGUAAAAAUGAUGCCCUUCCAAAAAUUGUUUUAGCAAAUGUAAGUCUGCAGGUUUUUUUGUUUCCAAGUUUAUUUCAAUUUGUGUCUACACCUCUGAUUAACAAUCCUCUACACCCAUAGCAGGCCUUCUCUGUAUGCAUUGCAGGCCUAUCAUCACCAACGUUACCUUCUUAUCAAUGGAAUAACUUGUUUUAAAUCAAAUUUUUAAAAUGGAUUUUCAUUCCAAAUAAUCCUUUUUUCAGGCCAGUGCUCUUCUGUUGCUCAAUGUUGUAUUUACAUACCUCUCAUACAAGCUGUACAUGGAGUUUGGAUGGAAAAUCUAUAAGAGAGUUCGUUUCAACAUCAGGCUCAGAGGUAAGAGUUUUUACUGAAUUAUUUUACUAAUUUUACUGAAAAAAUUUUACUUAAUUACUUAAUAGCUUGUAUGCUGGAUUCAAAAGGAAGAGAUUUGGCUUCAUACACAAGUGGAGUCAUUAUGUUAUGUUCUUAGAUAAAAUACUUAACCCUUUCACUCCCAUGAGUGACCAAGACCAAAUUUCUCCUUACAAAGUCAAUACAAUAUCAACCAGAUAAGUGAUGAGAAUAAAGAAAAUAUCAAUUUGUGGAUAACUAGUUGAUCCAACACUAAAUUCUCUGAACUAACAUGAUAAGAAUUGUAUGGUUGACAGAAAGGAGAAUUAAAAAUUUUAUCUGGGAGUUAAAGGGUAACUCUCACAGUGCCUCUCUCCACCCAGGAAUGUAAAUUGGUUCAAGAGAAGUGUAUGAAGGAAUUCAUGAUGAAAUAUAAAGGGGGGGGGGAGGUAACCUGCCUAGGAUGAACAUCCUAUGGGAGGAGGGUAGAGUAAUAAUACUCCCUUUCACAUUACGUUAGGGAAACCAAGAUAAUCAUGGCUAGAUAGCCAUUGAGGCUUACAGGCUGACUUUACCUUCUACAACCACUGCUAAAUAUUUGUAAUCUUUUUUUCAAUGGUUCCAGUAGCAACUUACGAGAAAUUGUGUCUUUCUGUGUCGGUUGCAUUCUUUAAUCCUCUUCAAUUAUCUUAGUGUUGAACUCUAUUUUAUGAAUGCUUUUCUGUUUGAACAGGAAUUUAUCAAAUCUAUGAAGUGUUAUCUUGCCUUUUGAAAAUGGAGGUUUUGUAUUGGGUGAGUGAGUCUAAACCUUUUCACUUCUUAGAUGUAGGUAUCAAUUCUCCACAUGAACUUCCAUAUCUUUCUAAUAAUUUUAGAUCUGAGAAUUUGAUAAGAAAUCAAGAAGAGGUGGACAAAGAUGACAUUACCUUUUUUAGCAGACUUCCUCCCUACUUUCACGCCUCACACUUUGUGAUCUCCUCGCACUUGCUUUGCAUUUACUACAACUUACCUGUAAAAUGCAUUAAAAAGGAUCCUUGGCUUGCAUUAUAAUGAUUCAAUAUGUAUCUCUUUUUUCCUUUAAAUAGGGAAUGUUUGCCAUUGUUCACAGUCUGGUUCUAUUGCGUGACUCACAUAACAUCCUCUAUGUUAUGAGCAUGAUAUUUAUACCAUUAACAUUUAUAUAUGCUGGUAUAGGUUAUUACGCGGUGAGUGAAAUGCAAUGUUAUAUAUCACAUAUAAAUCUAGUAACAGCCUACCUCAUCAUAGAACUCUCUGUAGUUCAUUUUGUGGCAGAGUAUCUAAGAGCACUGGAUCUGAAGUUCAUUGGCAGGAUUCCUUAUUGGGAAUCAAAUUUUUUUUCUUUGUUCCACACUCAAGAGAAGAAGGAUUACAUAUUUCUUACAUUUUUGCAUUUCUUUAACCCUUUACACCCUAUCAUCAGUUUGCAUUUUCUCCAUACUGUUCUCUGUACAUUUCCUAAGGUGCUGACAAGGAGAAUUUGCUUAUCAAUCAAGAGCCUCUUUAAUUGGUGAUCAUUUCCCAUUGUAAGGAGAAUUAGAUGGUAAUCACUCUUAGGUCAUAGGAUUAAGCUCUGUGGUAGAGCAUCAGAGUAUGGACUUUGAAAGUCUGGAUUACGAUUCUUGUAAGAACUCAGAUUUUGUCUCUGUCCCACACUUGUCCCACAUACAAGAAGGGGAACCUUUUUUUUCUUUUUGCAUUGUAGUUCUUCCUAAAGAUCAUUCUUUUCAAGUGUUGAUGACACUCACAUAAAUUAUUUGUUAAAGUAUAUAUUUAGGUGGAUGUACUCUAACUUGUUUUUUGUUAACAGGUGCGCCAUGAGAACAGAGUGCUUAUGCUAUUUUUCCUGACUUGGACACUGGGUGGGAUUGGUUACUUUCUGUAUAAACUUUAUGGGUAAGUAUGGGAAUGGUGGAUGGUGCAGGGAUGAGAGUGCUUACUUAACACCACUGUGAUUGGGGUUUCAUUCCCAAACCUGGAAUCACAUAAUGUUGGUUCGCAUUCUUGCCCCAAGGUUUUUUUUUUUUAUCUGGUUCUCUUGUUUUCCUCCACCAACAAACUCAACACUCCAAAUGCCAAAAAGUCUGGGAAUACUGGAGAUAGCCUGUGGUUGAGGUUAAUAUUGGUUCCCAUCAUUGUUUUUAGGGUUUUUUCUUCUCUCAACUCUCAAUUUCCCAUUUCAUUUUGAUCUGGAAAACAGUGGACAAAGAGCCACCUGAUAGAAUUGCUGCUGCCAAAUUGAAUCAAUUUUCUUUAUUUGUUGAGCGGUUCUUCAAAACUACAUUUAAUGAAUUUGAAUUACAUGCCAGACUUGAGGUCAAAUUGUAAUCUAGUGAGGCAAUGAUAGUGGGCCAGAUGGGGUAAAAAAUUCAUGCUUUGCUUGUAAUUCUUGAUCCCUGCAGGUUUGUUACUCGCACUUGCAAUGGCUGUCCAGAGUUUGAAAUUGAUGGAAAAGACAUCCCUGACGAGGCCUUUAUGCAUUUUGUAUACUUAGGUAGGUUUUAUACAUGAAUGCAAGUUCAAAUCCUAUCAUUAUGGUAUACUGGAAUAAUAGUUUUUAUGGCACAGUUUGCAAUUUCGUAUCGUCAAAUUCAUUUACACGAGCGUGCCUCAUAUUCCUACUUGCACUCUUAUGUGGUAUGUAUACCCUCUAGAGGAAAUUUUCUCUUUAUUUGUUUAGACUGAUAAUCUUAUGAGGCGAAGUGCACUUAAGGAUUGUUAAUAUUCAUUCACCUCACUAUCUCUUUUCUGAAUGGUCUAAAGCGUACAGUGAAUUUUCGAAAUUAGUGCCUGGGACGUCAUCUAGCUGCAGAUUAUACAAUAAUCAUUUCAAGGUCACUCAGGGUCACGGGUAAUCAUGUCAUGUAUGACCGCAGUGCAUGAUUUCAAAGGGUAAUCAAUUUCGCGCGAUUUGUGUUGCUUGCUAAUUGUAUAUUUUUACACGUUAAGAAAUAAAUUAUCAAUUCCACUUCCUGUCGUGACCACUUUAUUUCCGUUCAUUGUAUAAUAAAACAAUUAUUAGAAUAGGUUUGUGCGAUAUCUAGAACAAUCAAGGUCGCGAUAAGGGUUAUCAGCUUCGGCCUUCGACUUAAGCAAUCCACUACAGCCUUCUUUCACAUCCAAUCAGCAUUUAAGUAUUUUUUUCCUCCAUGUAAUGUUAUAAAACAUUUAAACUUCUGCAUUAAAAAGUAAUGAAGCAAUUGGUCCAUGCGUCAGCCGUGGAUGCCGCUAGAAUCUAACGAUAAGCAUUCCACCAUCAUGCAUCAACUCAAGACUCACGAAGCUUGAGUUGUUCUCGGUUUCGCCUUGUGCAACUCUUACGCAUCUAUAGUUCUUCCCAAACUUCCCGCUUUCUUCACAUUUCAAGGAGCACACGCUGACGCCUGAACCAACCGUUAAUUUCCAUCAACCUUUUGUUUUGUUUUCCAGGAGCCAUGAAUCUUGUAGUUGCUUCAACAAUAUUUGGCGUAGCAGUAAAAGCCUAUCGAAAUUUUGGAGGUGGAUUAGCGCAGCAUUGUAAGUGCUUGAAAAUUUUCAGAAGUUGAUUUGUAAAGAAUGUCAACACAAUGAAAUUGGAAUUUUUCUCCCUCUUUCUACCAUUCCUCUUUACAUACCUCUUACAGAAAUCUCUCCUCAUUCCUUCAUUGUACUUAAUUCUACAGUCUCAAACAUAAUUUGCAAUGGUUCACUCAACAGUCCGCCAAAAAAAGAAACCCCAAAUGAAGUACUCAGCGCGGCUAAGCCUGGGACGAGCGAGUCACUGUUACCCAGAGGAGAGCGUGAUUUCUGUUACGUCAUACGACAGCGCAAUUGAUGAGUUCGCUGAGAGUGUUCGAUUGGACAGAGGCAUUUUACGCGCUGCUCAUGCAGCUUUACCACUACUGGCCGGUAACGGUCACCUUCGGGUUGACCAACGUAGUUGUAGUCUUCCAAAUUUGCUAUCGGAUUCGACGCCAAGGCCUACCUCUUUUCCAGGCCCUUCCGAGGGGGGUAUGAAUUUGCUGAGAGACCGGCUGCAAUCGGAGCAGGGGGAAACGGAUGUAGAAAAGCUAAACUCUGCAAACCUGGAAAGCAUUGCUGAAGAGGAACCAGCUGGAAACUUAGACUCCUAUGAUUACGGACGGAAAAAAGGAUCUGAUGAAAUUUAUCUUCAAGACAGUGAGGCUUCAGUAGACUCGAGUUUUAUUCAGAUAUCAAGAAAUGGUGAUUUUACUUCUCGGGAUCCUAACUCUAAUGGUCGUGUAAGUAACGCGGAUAGGGUUCGCCCAACUAGAGACGUGGGGAAAUUGCCCGAACACAGACAGAACGGCCGUGUUCGAAAAACUCCUGUAGAACCAAUGGAUGAAAAUAUUACAAAUGGAUGCGGCUUGCAGUCUGCAAAUAACCACGAAGACACUAUUGCUGACGAUUUUGCGCAAGAUUCGUCGAUGGAAUUUAGGACAGAAAAAUCGUCGCAUCAAAAUGCGCAGAUUUAUCAGAGAAUUGCGCGGCUUCCCGAAGGGGUUGUUUAA